AUGCGGGAUGAGGAUGUAGAGAUUUGGAGGAUCUACGCUAAGGCGUUUUUCAAGUUUUGUUUUGCAUGUGUAAAAUUGUACAAGCUUUUUAAGUUUGCAGAUCGAUACGACAUUGUUUUGAUGGCCGUCGGGACCAUCUCCGCAGUGGCAAACGGCCUAAGUCAGUCGUUUAUGACACUAGUCUUCGGCGACAUCGUUAAUAUCUUGGCCUCCUCUUAUCCUAGUCACAUGGUUGAAGAAGUCUCAAAGGUUGGUGUGAAGUUUCUUUACCUUGCGGCAGGCACUUGUGCCAUCUCCUUUCUGCAGGUCUCAUGUUGGAUGGUGACCGGGGCGCGUCAAUCCGCUAGGAUUCGCAGCCUAUACCUGAAAGCUAUAUUAAGACAAGACAUUAGCUUCUACGACACGGAGGCUAACACCGGUGAAGUCAUCAAAAGAUUGUCCCGAUACACCAUUCUUAUUCAAGAAUCCAUGGGAGAAAAGGUUGGGAAAUUCAUGCAACUUCUAUCGACGUCCAUUGGUGUGUACACAAUUGCUUUGAUACAAUGCUGGAAACUCGCAUGGCGUCCUCUAUUUCUGUUCAUAUAUACAAUCGUGAACACGGGGUUCCUUAUGGGAUUGUUGGUGUCAUAUAAUGUUUGGCGUGUUCAAGUCGCUUAUAAACAAGCUGGAAACAAAGUAGAGCAAGCCGUUAAGGCAAUAACAACAGAGGAUGGUGAGUAUAUAUACCAUUACUUGUUCUUCAAGAAAUCUCUAGAUUCUCUACCCACCAAAACCCCUAGCUGCAUGUUUCACAUAUUUAAGCCACUCUGCAGGUCGUUAAAGCAAACGUUGACGUAUCUUCAUGUAUUUGGAACGGGGCAAGCUGUGGCCUCCAAAAUGUUUGAGACGAUCAAUAGGAGACCAAAGAUCGAUGCGUAUGACAUGAGCGGUGAGGUUUUGGAGGAGAUUAAAGGCGAUAUCGAGCUUAGAGAUGUGCAUUUCCGGUACCCGGCAAGACCUGACGUGCAUGUGUUUGCUGGAUUCUCGCUGGUCGUACGUAGCGGCACGACCGUUGCUUUGGUGGGAAAAAGCGGGAGUGGGAAAUCGACGGUGAUCAAUCUGAUUGAAAGGUUUUAUGAUCCGGAAUCAGGAACUGUUUUAAUCGAUGGAACUGACUUAAAGAAGCUUCAGUUGAGAUGGAUCAGAAGCAAGAUUGGUCUUGUAAACCAAGAACCUAUACUAUUCGCGACCACGAUCAGAGAGAACAUUUCCUACGGUAAAGAAGACGCGACCGAGCAAGAAAUUAGAGCUGCGGUUGAUCUCGCUAACGCUGAUAAGUUCAUUGAUAUGCUUCCACAGGGUUUGGACACGGUGGUGGGAGAGGACGGGAUGCAAUUAUCGGGCGGUGAGAAGCAAAGGAUCGCGAUUGCGAGGGCGGUUGUGAAAAACCCAAAAAUCUUACUUUUUGAUGAACCGACAAGCGCAAUGAACAUGGAAUCCGAAGGCAUCGUUGAUGAUUCGCUCUUAAAGCUAAUGCCAAACCGGACCAUCGUGUUGGUGUCUCAUCGCCUUACCACCAUUAGAACUGCCAACGUAAUCGCUGUUGUUGAUCAAGGCAAAAUCGUCGAGAAAGGAACUCACGAGGAGAUGAUUCAAAAUCCCAAGGGCGCAUAUUCGCAGCUCGUUCAUCUACACGAAGGAUCUAAAACAGUUAGCCGAAGCAAAAGCCAUAAUAGGAGUGAGGCAAGUUUUGAGAUGGGAGGAUCUAUAAUCCGAAACAGUGUCUCCUGUGGCAACCAAACCACUGAAAAACGAAAAAAAAUGUCGUUAAGAUGGCUUUCUCUCUUUGAAAGGUUUGAUAUUCGAGUUCUAUUCGUGGCUACAGCGGUUCACGGCAUUGCGUACCCUGUCCAAGGUUUACUCCUUUAUACCUUCAUCACGAACAAGAUUUUCUUCGAGCAUCCAAGUCAUUGGGACGAUCCUCGGAAGUAUUUUAUUUCAUGGGCUCUCAUGUUUGGCGGGUUCUGUUUAACCACUGCGGCCGCUAAUUUUCUUCAAAACUAUCUAUUGGUUGUCCUUGAGGAACAACUUAUCAAACGCUCCCGAUCCUUGUCUUUUGACAAAGUUUUUCACGAGGAGAUAAAGUUGUUCGACCAUACGGCCAACUCGAGCGGAGCGAUUGGGGAGAGGUUAUCAAGAGAUGCUUCAAGGAUGAAAAGUAUGUUGAGAGAUUCAGCCUUGAUCGUGCAGAAUGUAGCAAGUGUAACCGCUGCUUUGCUAAUAAUAGCGUUUUCUGCUAAGUGGGAAUUAAUUUUAGCAGUCCUGGUUAUCACACCAAUCAUGGUCCUCGAAGUAGACUUUCAAACCAACUUUAGCGCAUAUGCAAUGAUGGUGUAUAAAGAUGCUAGCCAGGUGGCAAGCGACGCCGUGCGAAGUAUAAAGACGGUUGUAUCCUUAUGCGCAGAGGAGAAAGUGAUAGAUCUAUACCAGCAAAGAUGCGAGGAACAGAAGGAAAUUGGUGCCCGGUUAGGACUUGUGAUGGGUUUUGGUCACGGUUUCUUCCUCGCGGCGCUUUAUUUCAUCUAUUUCGUCCUGUUCUACUUUGGUUCUGUUUUGAUUCAGCUUGAGAAAGCAACCUUUGUAGAAGUGUUAAAGGUUUUCUUUGUGCUGAGGUUUACAUCAAUAGGAGUGUCUCAGUCGAAUGUUAUGGCCCUUGACAUAAGCAAAGUCAGAGACUCUAUUGCUUCGAUUUGUGAUAUUCUCAACAGUAAACAGAAGAUCGACUAG